AUGGCAUGGUUGAAAGGCGUAUUGGAUUUUACAUGGGAAGCCCCAGCGAAUCCUUGUGAUGUUUAUGGAGUUUGUGGUGUUUUUUUCAAUUUGUUCAGACAAAAGUUUCCUAUUUGUGAUUGCUUAAGAGGGUUUCUACCAUGGUCGGAUGAUGAAUGGAGGGAAAGUAACUGGACAAGGGGUUGUGUGAGUGAAGAAUGUGGAAGCUGGUGUUUGGGUAAUUGCUCUUGUAAGGCGUAUACAUUUGUGGAAGGAAUUCACUGUAUGAUUUGGACAAAAGACCUCAUUGAUAUCCAACAGUUUUCAUUUGGUGGGGAGGAUCUUUUCUUGCGCCUUGCUUUUGAGGAAUCAGGUGAAGAUACAAAAGGAGAAGCAGUUGCUAUAAGUCUCACAGCCAUAGGUGGUUUAGUCUUCUUAGGUGGCUUUGUUUUUGUUUAUACAAGAAAGAAAACGAAGCUGAAUCACUUCAAUUCGGAGGAUGGUAUAGUUUUGAAGGAUACACUACAAGAAGAUGAUCUUACCAAUGAGUCAUUUGAAUUGCCUAUAUACAAAUUUGAACAAAUUAUAACUGCCACUGACAACUUUAGCUACAGAAACAAACUUGGUGAAAGAGGAUUUGGUGCAGUAUAUAAGGGAAUGUUAGAUGAUGGACAGAAAAUUGCAGUGAAAAGGCUAUCAGGUCACUCUGGGCAAGGGAUUGAAGAGUUUAAGAAUGAAAUCAUGUUGAUUUCUAAGCUCCAACACAGGAAUCUUGUUAAACUUUUGGGUUGCUGUUUUGAAGGGAAAGAGAGAUUGUUGAUUUAUGAGUACAUGAUAAACAAAAGCUUGGACACAUCCAAAGAAUUACGUACGCAACUCAAUUGGGCGACUCGUUUCAACAUCAUUCAGGGAAUUGGUCGUGGACUUGUUUAUCUUCAUCGGGAUUCUAGUUUAAGGAUAAUACACAGGGAUUUGAAGUGUAGCAAUAUUCUACUUGAUGACAAAAUGAAUCCCAAGAUAUCAGACUUUGGAUUGGCACAUACUUUUCAAAUGACACAAGAUCUAGCAAACACUCACAGGAUUGUUGGAACAUAUGGCUAUAUGUCUCCUGAAUACGCAAUGAGAGGAGUAUUUUCAGAGAAAUCAGAUGUAUUUAGUUACGGUGUAAUGUUAUUGGAGAUUAUAAGUGGUAAAAGGAAUACCGAAUUCAUACAUCACGAACAAAUCUAUCCACUUGGACGCGCAUGGAAGUCAUGGAAUGAAGGGAGAGAAGUAGAAAUGAUGGAUGAGACAUUAGGAGAGUCAACAGAGGGGUUGAGAUGCAUACACGUGGGGCUUCUUUGUGUUCAAGACUUAGCUGAAGACAGGCCAACAAUGUCAGAAGCAGUGUCUAUGUUAUGCAGUGAGGAAUUCGUGAGCCAAAAGUGUCAUUAUUUACUUUACAAAGGGUGCCUAGUAUCAAUGGUAUUCGUGAGGAAUUCAAAAACAUGUGUUCUAGAAAUAUAGUCAGUCUAUCCAUGAUGGAAGGGCGAUAGCAAGUAAUUGAGAUAACACAUGUAUUUGUUAUGUAUAUGAUUUGCAAUUAGUUGAUUUGGCUCAAUCAA